CCGUAUUUUAUGUUGUCGGAGUGCUAACUAAUUGUAUAAACCCUGUUUCUGGUCAGUUUAUCGGCUGCACUUCUCCGGCCAGAAUAAACCCUGUUUUGGAACUUGUUGUCUGCUUAAAACUGACUUUGGGUUGCCUCCGUGACACUUAAAUUGGCAUAGUCGGCAGGAUAUCAGAAAUGGAGGAACAUGGGAGGACAGCAGCGAUGAAGCACUGUUUCUACAAUGAGACCGUGGGCUUCUUCUACAACAAUAGCCGCAAAGAGCUGACCACGUACUGGAGGAUGACAGACGUGCUGGUGGUGGCCCUGGGCCUGACGGUGAGCGUCAUCGUGCUCCUCACCAACCUGCUGGUCAUCACUGCCAUUAUCAUCAACCGGCGCUUCCACUACCCCAUCUACUACCUGCUGGGGAACCUGGCUGCCGCCGAUCUCUUUACCGGCAUCGCUUACAUGUUCCUCAUGUUCCACACGGGGCCCUGGACUGCUGAGCUCUCCCUCAAGACCUGGUUCAUCCGGCAGAGCUUGCUGGACACCAGCCUGACAGCAUCCGUGGUGAACCUGCUGGCCAUCGCUGUUGAGAGGCAUCAGACUGUUUUCACCAUGCAGUUACACAGCAAAAUGUCCAACCAGCGCGUGAUGAUCCUCAUCUUCUGCAUCUGGGUCACAGCUCUGCUCCUGGGGCUCAUCCCCUCCUAUGGCUGGCACUGUCUCUGCGCCCUGGACAAGUGCUCCAGCAUGGCCCCGCUCUACAGCAGGAGCUACCUGACCUUCUGGGCCAUCUCCAACCUCGUCAUCUUCCUCAUCAUGGUGGUCAUGUAUGUGCACAUCUUCAUCUACGUCAAGAGGAAGAUGACGCGCAUGUCCAAGCACACCAGCUUCCACUCUGACUACAAGGAGACCAUGAUCAGCCUUGUCAAGACGGUCACGAUCAUCCUAAGUGCUUUUGUCAUCUGCUGGACCCCAGGACAAGUCGUGCUUCUCCUGGAUGGCCUGGACUGCAAGAGCUGCAACGUUCUAGCAGUGGAGAAAUAUGUCCUGUUGCUGGCAGAGAUCAACUCCCUGAUAAACGCCAUCGUCUACUCUUACAGGGACAACGAGAUGCGCAGCACCUUCCAGAGGAUCCUCUGCUUCAUGUGUUACAGGAAUUCCAAAUACACCCCCGCAGUGGUGAAGUUGAACACCAUGGACCACAGGACACCUUCUCAGAAUGGGCACUUCACUGUGGAUUCCUCCAUUUAGCUCUUAAUUGAGUGGAAGAGCAGAGAAGAGCGACCUGCUUCUGAAGCAGAGACUCUUCUGCUGUGCUGAAGCAGAAAUAUUUCUAGAGAUACUUGUCAUCAGGAAAGGACAAGAUGCUUUUAAGGAUGGAGCAUUAUUUAGGAUGAAAACUGAUCACCCAAAUCAGGCCUCGGCCCGGCAUAUCAGACAGAGCAAGGCCCUCUGGACUACCUGGCAAGUACGUUGGGCCAUUAAACCCUUCUCAUGGAAAGAAAUACAUCCUGGUGGGAGUAGAGGUGGUAGCAGGACUAUCAAUGGCUACAGCUGUCAGCAUUGCUACUGGAGACCAAACAGUGCGAGCACUGUGUGAGUGGUUUAGCGUUCUACCCACCCCAAGAAUUUCCAAAGUGAUAAUGGCACGUAUUUUCUAGCUGCUGUGGUUCAGUAUUGGGCUAAGGGGGAAGGUAUUAAGUGGGUGUUUCAUACACCAUAUUACCUCUAAGCCAAUGGGAUCGUAGAACGGAUGAAUGGUUUGAUUAAAAAACAUGCAGACGUCUCGCGACACAGUUGGGACACAUGGUUGGCGCAAGCUGUCCUCAUCAUCAAUAACCACUGGGGGAGCUAUGGAACCUGUAUUUUACGUUGUCAGAGUGCUAACUAAUUGUAUGUACCCUGUUUCUGGUCAGUUUAUUGGCUGCACUUCUCCAGCCAGAAUAAAGUCUGUUUUGGAACUUGUUGUCCGCCUAAAACUGACUUUGGGUUGCCUCCAUGACAAGUAUUCAAAAUAAAAUAUGUUGAGAACUUUUAAAACUAAGAUUUA